UGGGCACUGCAUGGGUGAAUCCGGCGGUGUCCUGGGGCUGUUUGGUUGCAGCACUGGGACUUGUCCCCUGGGGCAGCGGCUCAGCCCCAUCCCACCCACAUUCCACCCUUGCUCCCCACGCCAGGGCAGGAAACCUGGGCAGAGGCCGUCCGGCUCUGGGCCGGUGUCCAGGAGCCACCCCAUCACCAUCUCGCCUGUGUUGUGGAAAGCCAAGGCAGGAAGGAAGCGAGCGGUGGACAGCACGGCGUGGGGAGGAGGGGACGGGACCGGCCGGGUUUCCACCGUGUAACCAUUAGCCGGGCGAGAUGGUGACGGCUGGGCGAGCUGGCUGCCCGAGCAGGAACAGCCGCUCCGGGCAGAACAAUAGCAGCCCGAGGGGAAUAAAUUAUUUUCCACUGAACUGGGAUAGACCUCGGUCUCCUCCCACAGCCCUGCUCACUGGCCACCAGACCAGGGGUUCUCCGUGCCGGCAAAGGACUGGCGGGAGCCGGGAAAAUCUCCUGCUGCGGCUCAUGUCCCGGCCCAGCCCCGCAUGGCCCCAGCGAGACGAGCCACCGCCCUGCGGCACCGCCACCGGCCUCCCGCCGGCUUCAUCCGACAGCGACUCCGGCUGUGCCCUGGAAGAGUACCCGGAGCCCCCCGCAGACCCUGCACUCCCCGAGGUCCCGCUGUGCCCCGGCAGCCGCUCGCCGCAGCCCGUCUCGGCCGCCGACAGGAUCCGACUGCGUGCCAGAGCCCUCCUGCAGCAGCUGCCGCCGCAGGACUGCGAUGAGCGGUUCUGCCCCGACCUCGCCGAGGAGGAGAGGAGGCAGCUCCGAGCGUUCAGCGCCCGACGGAGACGGGAGGCGCUGGGACAGGGGCUGGCGUGUCCCGUGCCAGGUCCUUGCCAUGGCUGUCCCUGCAAGAAGUGUGGCAGAAGGCUGAACAAAGGCGACCCGGGGAUUUCAGCAUCCCGGCUGGGGGACCAGUUCUGGCACCCGUCCUGCUUCUCCUGCCACUUCUGUCACCAGCCCCUGGUCGACCUCAUCUACUUCCAGCAGGACGGGAGGAUCUACUGCGGCCGGCACCACGCCGAGCUCUUCCGGCCCCGCUGUGCCUCCUGCGACCAGCUGAUCUUCAUGGAGGAGUGCAUCGAGGCGGAGGGCCGGCGCUGGCACCUGGAGCACUUCUGCUGCCUGGAGUGUGACGUGCCCCUGCGCGGGCAGCGCUACGUGAUGACGAGCGGCCGGCCCUGCUGCUGCAGCUGCUUCGAGAGCCUCUUUGCCGAGCCCUGCCAGGCCUGCGGGGACCCCAUCGGUGCCGACAGCGAGGAGGCCACCCACCAAGGGCUGCGCUGGCAUGCCCGCGCCGCCUGCUUCUGCUGCAGCCGCUGCCGCCAGCCGCUGCGCGGGCAGCCCCUCGUCUGCCGCCGCGGCCGCCUCUUCUGCUCCGAGACCUGCAGCCUGGGACGGGACGCGUCCUCCACCACCUCCGACUCCUCGGACUCAGCCUUCACCUCAGCUCCGUCCCCCAAUUCGACACCCCGAGCUGGCCCCAUGGGCAGGACCACGGCGGGGACAGGUGGCACCGCGGUGGUCGGGGGCUGCAGGCGGCACGGGGAAGGGACCGACACAUUUCUGGACCAGGCGUCUAUGCAUCCAGCGUUCCGAAGCCCGGAGGACCGCGGGGCAGCCAAGGAGCGGAGCAGGGAUGCUGCUGCACACACAGGGAUGCUGGGACCUCCGGCUGGAGACCCCUCUGCCCCCCAGCCCAACACAGAGGGUCCCAAUGGGGCUGGAGCCCACAAUCACACAGCUCUGGGAGGCCCUGACCCCCGAACACCCACAGGCCAUGGGAAUCCACACUUCCCAUCCAUGUGCCCUGCCCCACACAGCCCAUGGCCAGAGGACAUCGACCUGCAGGACAUCACAGAGGAGGAUGACUCCUGGUGUCCCACCUGCUCUUCAUCUUCGGACUCAGACUCGGAGGAGGAGGGUUUCUUCUUCGGGAAGCCCAUCCCCAAGCCUGGGAUGAGCUCCCUGAGCAGGGAGCCCCCGGGGAGGGCUGCGGGCAGGACGGCAAAGCCGUGGGGCAGCAGCAAGCACUGCAGUGUGUCCUAGCAGAGGGGACAGAGGGUGCUCGACCGGCACUGCCAUCCUGCCGGGUCCUGCCAUCCUGCCGGGUCCUGCCACAGUCUGAAUGUGUUCCAAGUGCAUUUUGGACGCAGCCCAAGACUGGUGGGAGCCGCUGGGAUCCUUCCCCCUGGCGGCUGCUGGCAAAGCUCAGCCUGCAAUUCCUGCCGGCCUCCCCUGCAAUUAGGAACAGGUAAAGCAGGUAGGGAGCCCAGCGCUGCAGCCCGCACCGGGGCUUCCACCUCGGGCAAGGCGGCAGCUCCAAGAGCAGCCACGUUCGGGGGGGCAGCGGGUGCUCCAGACAAGGGCAGCUGCCUGCAUGGCUCUGCUGCAGGGACCUGGGGGACAGGAGGGGUGCUGGCAGCCAGGGCCAGAGCCUUCCCUGGGACACCUCUUGGAAGGACAAGCACCAUUGCCAAAUGCUCUCCAGCCCUGGGGGAGCCUGUACCCCUGGCACAGCGGGGAAGGGGUGGGAGGGGAUGCAGACGAUGCUCCAAUAAAGCUCAGCUGAGACCUGGA